AAGCAGUCGGCUGAUUUCUGCCAAGCGUCGCCAAGCACAUCACUUUUGAAUUUCGCAGAUUUUUGUCAGUGUUUUUCUUCAUGAUGGCAUCAAAUGAUCCGCUUGAAGACAAAAGAGUUGAAGAUUUGGCUUCACAUCUAGCAGAGACAACGGAUAAGAAUGUUCCGAAUCUACUACUCGCCCUACAAGAUAUUCUUGACAGUGUGGUGCCUGGAUCACAGAGGGCUGACAAGAUCAAGAAAGACAUCUGGAACUUUGAACUUCUACAGAGCGUCCUUCUGGCUCUCAAACAAGACUUCUCCCUCAUCAAUGGCAAAUGGAAUACUGCCGCUGCACUGGCUAAAAUCUUAGCCCAUUGUUCAGUUGGUCUUGAUCCACCAGACUCCCAUGAGUUCCAUGCCCUCUUCUUGCCCGAUGCUGCCGAACGUCUUCUCAUCCUCUCACGUAACAUACAGCACAGAUACUGCAAGAUUCCAGAGAAGACAUUGACCCUCAAAGAUGAUCUCAUCAAGAAUUUCAAGGAAGUCGUUGACUCAUUGCAGUGGCUCUACAGUGGUCACUUAUUUCUGACUACAAAUGUUUUGAGAUCUAACUAUCUCCUGCAGAUGUUAAUAACUGAUGACAGAGAGACAAGUAUCAUUCUUCUUGGGAUGGUACAAAGUGCUGUCAGAGUCAAUUCUUUGGUCUUGAAUACACUGGAUGAAAAAGUGGUUCACAGUGUGCUAGAUGAGAUCAUAUUCAAACUGUCAGCAUUCAAUGAUGCAGAGAUUGGUGCUGCAGCAACAAGGGCACUCGUUAACAUAGCAGAUGUCCACACUCCUCUCAUCAGAUUGCUCUAUACAAGAUACAAGGGAUUGAGACCCUUAUUAAGUCGAUGGACUGGAAGAGGGUUUGGGCGAGAUCUUAAGAGGCUUCUUGCCUUACUUGAUGCAGGAUCAGCUCAACAAGCUGAACUUCACAGAUUGCACAGAGCAGCAACGACCAUCCAAGCAAUAUGGAAAGGAUUCUUGCAGAGGAAGAAACUCAAGAAAGCCAACAGGGGACUAGCCACACUUCAAAGAUCCUACAGGGCAAAGAAGGUGGAGAAGUCACGGAUCCAGGAGUAUGAGAGAGAACAGAAGGAGCUGGAGCAUCAGCUCCUGAUGGCAAGGAGAAAAGCUAUCAGAGAAACCAGACAGAAACAGCUGGAUAUGAUCAGUGCUAUGCCUCCAGGUGAUGUUAACAAGUACCUAGCAAUGUCUCAGAUCCAAUGUGCCAUCAGGAUCCAGGCAAGAUGGAGGGGAGUACUAGAGAGACGUAAGCUAGGUCUAAGGAAAGCUACAGCUCGGCAAGUCAAAGCUGCAAUCACCAUCCAAAGACAUGCAAGGAGAUUUCUCAAGAAGCAAGAGGAAAAGAAGAAGGAGCCAUUGCUAUGGCAACCACCCCCUGGCCUGGAUGAUGAUAGACGGGUGGAACUGCAGAAGGUCAUUGAUGAGAAACGGAACAAAGGAACGCCUAAAGAACGUAACCGAGAAGCCCAAGAAGAGCUACAUAAACAAGCUCAGGAGAUGCUGCUCAGAUACUUUGCAUUCAGAGGGAAACAGAGGAAGACCUACCAAAAGAGAGAAGCACUUCUUGCCUCGCUUGAAACAGAUGCUGACUUGUUAACAAAUGCACCAAAGCUGGAGGAUGCAAGCAACCGUGACGUCUACACUUUCACCAGCCACUCAGCACCCAUCGCAGCAAAGGCUCUAUCAAAUCACAGAGAGGAACUCUUGCUCCUACGACAACCAUGGUGGAGAAAACUCCAUAUAGAGGAGAAAACUGAUGAUGAAAUUGCAGAAGAAUAUGACACAGAAUUCAAGAUCCUUUGAUACUUAGGAGGGAUGUUUCAUUGUCAUUUUAUACAAAAUUAUCAGUACUUUUGCACCAUCAAAUACCUUGAAAUUGUUCACCUUGAUGCAUAUAAUGCAGUUGUUAAAUCAACAUCAAAGUAAAUGACAUCAGACAUACAAUGAUAUUUACAAUUUCCAUAAAACCUAAGCCCAUUCAGAAUUAACAAUGACCCUAAUACAAUGUUAAAUUAUUCAACCUACUGAUGUGGAUAUCUAUGAAAAUAAGUGUUUAAUAGAUAUCAAUGUAAUUUGGUCCCAAUGAGUUUCUUAGAUAUGGUUCCUUUUCUCAUAAAUUCAGCUCCGCUUAUGACAACAAGUUACAUGUAUUUGAAUGGUGGCAUUCAGUGUAAACACUGAUUUGAAAGCAUCAACUCAUCUAAGUACAAAGUCUUUGAAUUGAAGAAUUGAAAAAAUGUUCUGAAAGUCAGCCUAUCAAGGAAACCAUAUUGCAAAAACCAACUGUUUUAUUUCAUGAUGAUCCGCAAUCUGAAAGCCCCCAUAUACAAUGUUAAACCAUGAACAACUUCUGUUACCUCACAAACUUAUUUGUUUACCUUUGAACUAGUGUAACCAAAUUACCAACAUGAUAUAAACAAACAAACAUGAACAGAUCAAGAAUAGGGGAUAUAAUAUGUGCAAUGCAAAGACACAAUGAUUGCAUGUGAAGUAAACAAUGGAUAAGUGCAGUGAGAAAAGCAUAAUGCUCCUAGUCGGAUAAAUUUCCUUUGACUCUACAAACAAAUUUAUUUUGUUAAUAUAUCUCUUAAUAAUUGACAUUUGGAAUGAGGGAUAUAAAACAGGCAUUGACUGCUUAUUGUUCAGACCACAUUUAGAACUAUCCCUCCUCAUUGAUUAAGAGGCUGUACUAUGCCCCUCGACUUUGUUUUGGGGAACUACAGUUUUAAGAUUAUCUUAGGCAAUAGUUUUAAUUGUCAAUAAAAUAUUUGAAUACUUCAUUCUUCUUGUGAAGAAAAAAUGUCCAGUUCAAUUUAUGAGGCACCUUUUUGAAGCUGUCAAGUGUAAAUAAGAUUAUAUUUAUUUAUGGACUAGAAUUCUUUGUGAAAGUUUAUAAAUAUAUAAUUGUUCAAAA